AUGGCGAGGAUGGCGGCCGGGACGGGCAAGCCCUGCCGGCGGCGCGCAGGAAAUAAUCGUUCAGCUGCUCCGAAAAAUGAAGAUGCUGCUCAGAGGAAAGCAGAUCUGGAGGCUGCGCUGAGAAACAGGAUGGAAUGUGAGAAAAAAGCGUUGUCUGUUGUUGAGCAGCUCCUGGAAGAGGACAUUACUGAAGAGUUCCUUCUGAAUUGUGGGAAAUGUAUUACUCCAUCUCACUAUAAAGACGUUGUUGAUGAACGGUCUAUCAUCAAACUGUGUGGUUAUCCUCUAUGUCAGAAGAAGCUGGGAAAUGUGCCAAAGCAGAAGUACAGGAUUUCAACAAAAACAAACAGAGUUUAUGAUAUCACUGAAAGAAAGUGCUUUUGCAGCAGCUUUUGCUAUAGAGCAUCUAAAUAUUUGGAAGCUCAAAUUUCCAAAAGUCCAGUGUGGAUGAGAGAAGAAGAAAAACCUCCAGACAUAGAGCUGCUGAAGGAGGGACGGAGUGGACGGUCUGGAGAAGAGGUGAAACUACGUGAUGAAGUAAUUCAAGCAUCUGACAUUGAACAUCCUAGGAUAUCUUCAGAUCCAUGUGAAUCUGGUUCUCACGACACAGCCAGUGACAGCAGUACUGACACUGAACAAGAAUUUAUUUCUUCUGUCCUACCAGGAAGUCAGUCAAGUUCAGCCAAUUUUGCACAGCAACUGCACAGAAAAAGCAUCCUCAAAAAGAAGCAUGCUCAGAAAGUCCAGGCCAGCCCUAAAACUGAAGAUGCAGAUGUGGUAGAAGCCACUGAACAACUCUCUCAUUGUAAAUUAGACACUCAGGAAGAAAGACACACUUGCUCUGUUCAUAAUGAAGUAACUGCACCACCUUCAGACAAUACUGCUCCUGGGAAAUCAAGUGCUUCAGAAAUCUUUGAAAAUACAUGUGGAUCACAGAUAGUUUUUCUAGGUGUGAGCAAAAGAGGAGCAGAACAUCUUAAAAGAAAAUUAGCUAAGUCAACAGAACAUAAAAACCCUGCACUGAGGCAUGCAGUUAAUUCUAAAGGCAGUUUACUAGAAGAGCUUAGGCAGACACUUAUGGAGUGGAGAACUGAGGAAACUUUCCAAUUUCUCUAUGGCCCAAACUAUACUUCUUUGGGCUCAUCAGAGUGCGUAGCAUCUGUCAGCCAGGAGACCGAAGAGCUUGAUGAGGAUGACUUAGAUACAGCUGAUGAUCUCAGCACUGUUGCUGUAGGGGAGUCUGGAAACAGUUUGAACUACUCUUUACCUUUCACAGGCUCGGGUGGAAUAGUUCAGCCUGUGCCUAGUUAUGAAGAGUUAAAAGAAGAAACAGAGUUCCUAGAGCUCCGAGUAAGAGAGUUCUAUCAAGGAAGGUGCGUCUUGGCUGAGGAGGCACGAGUGCAGGCAGGGGAACAUCCAAGCAAAGACAAAGAUGGUCAGCAGGAAGAUCUCACCUUCCCACUUGUUGAUUCGAAGGCACAAAUGCAGAUUAGGAAGCGAAUUGUCCUUGAAAAACUGAGAAAAGCAUUCUCUGCAGUUUUGGGCCCUCUUCACAUUGCUUCAGGUGAUGUCUACACAGAGCUAAAAAAUCUUGUCAGAACUUUCCGGUUAACAAACAGAAAUAUUAUCCACAGAAUGCCUGAAUGGACUCUGAUUGCUAUUGUUUUGUUAUCUGUAUUGUCAGAAACAACUCUGCUGUUCAAGGAUACUCAGGCAAGCCCAAUGUACUCACAGUUCCUGACCACAUUACUGAAAGAACUGCAUUUCAAAAAUGAAGAUCUGGAAAGUUUAACAGGAAUAUUUAGAAUGGGCUGA